CGGGGGGAGGGAGCAGAGAGGACGGUGAUGAUGUGGUGUGAGGAGCGGCUCUUCUCUCUCACCUCACCGCCCCUGUGAUGCUGUGGAGCUUUUGAUCGCGUUUGUUUUCUCCCUCCUCCUCCUCCUACAUUUUCAACACGUCCCCGUUUCGGCGCAGCGGCGUCUGUGUGUCACCAUGUCGGACUCUGAGGACAUGACGGAGUUCGCCAGCAUCGUGGAGCGGAUCGAGCGGGGCGAGGUCCCGAUCAAAAACAUUGAGCGGGAGCUGAUCUGCCCCAUCUGCAAGGAGCUCUUCACCCAUCCGUUGAUCCUGCCCUGCCAGCACAGCGUCUGCCACAAGUGUGUCAGGGAGCUGCUGAUGCUCAACCAUGAGGACUCUUUUGAUGCCGGCUCCGAGUGCUCCCUGCCGGGCAGCCCCAGGUCCAGGGUGCCCUCCCCUUCCAUGGAGAGGCUGGACAGGCUAGUGAGAUCAGGUCCUUGGAAACGAAGUGGAAAUACUGGCUUGCGUACUGAGAUAAAUCCAGCACUCCUUGCUUCCCCUGUCCCCCAGAAACGCUCCAUGUCUUCCCCCGGGUGGCGUCGAGGCUCCGUGACUCCACGGGUAACCGCCAUCCCGUGCCCGGGCUGCCAGCACGACAUCGACCUCGGCGAGCGCGGCAUCAGCAUGUUGUUCCGCAACUUCACCCUGGAGAACAUCGUCGAGCGCUACCGCCAGGCCGCCCGCGCGGCCGUCGCCAUCACGUGCAACAUCUGUAAGCCGCCGCAGCAGGAGGCUACAAAGAGCUGCAUGGACUGCAAGGCCAGCUUCUGUAACGAGUGCUUCAAGCUGCACCACCCAUGGGGCACACCCAAAGCUCAGCACGAGUACGUUGGUCCCACCACAAACUUUAGGCCCAAGGUGCUCAUGUGUCCAGAGCACGAGAUGGAGAAGGUGAACAUGUACUGUGAGGUCUGCAGACGACCCGUGUGUCACCUCUGCAAGCUGGGAGGAUCCCACGCCAACCACAAGGUCACCUCCAUGAGCAGCGCCUACAAGAUCCUCAAGGAGAAGCUGGCCAAGAGUAUCCAUUACCUCAUCAGCAAAGAGGACCAGGUCAGGACUCAGAUUACUGAUCUCGAGGUGCUCAUCAAUCAGACCGAGGAAAAUGGACAGCUAGCAGAGCGUCAAGCCAACGAGCACUUUGAGCACCUGUUUGAGACUCUGCAGGAGAGGAAGUCAGAGAUGCUAAAGUCCAUCGAACAGUCUAGAAGCCGACGCCUGGACCAACUGAAGGUUCAGGUGGAGGAGUACCAGGGCAUGCUGGAGAACAGCGGUCUGGUGGGCUACGCCCAGGAGGUGCUGAAGGAGACGGAUCAGUCGUGCUUUGUACAGACUGCUAAGCAGCUGCAUACCAGGAUCCAGAAGGCCACGGAGUCUCUGAGGACCUUCCACCCUGCAUCUGACCCCUGCUUUGACGAGUUUGUGCUGGACACAUCCAAAGAGGAAACUCUGCUCAAAGAGAUGUGCUUUGGUGGAGUUCCAGACCCUCCUCUGAUCGACUUGUCCAAUAGCAGAGUCUAUAAUGAGGCCUCGAUCUUCUGGAGGCUGUCUGAUGACCACCUGCCUACAGAUCACCACAUGCUUGAGUACCGCAGACUCGGGGGCCCGAACAAGUCCCCGUCCCAGGAGGACAGUGAGGACAGUGGGGGCUGGAGGACUACAGACAAGGUGUACGGUCCCAGCACUGUGGUGAGUGACCUGGACCCUGACAGCCUGUACUCCUUCAGGGUCCGAAGCUGCAGGAACUCCAUGUUCAGCCCCCACAGCCCUGAGGUCACCUUCCACACACCGCCUGCACCUGCUUUUGGCUUCCUGUUCAGCGACAAGUGUGGCUUCAGUACGGAUCGCCUCAUCCUGAACAAGCGUCGGGACGCUGUGGAGAGCGUGGCGAGCAUGGCCUUCCUUCUUGCAGCUGAACGGGUGCAGACGGGCAGCUACAUUGGCCUGGACUACAUAAUUGGGGACACAGGCAUCUCUCAGGGGAGACACUAUUGGGCCUUCAAGGUGGAGCCGUACUCCUACAUGGUUAAAGUUGGAGUGGCCUCGGACUCAAAGCUGCUCGAAUGGUUCCACAAUCCCAGAGACACCAGCAGCCCGAGGUAUGACCACGACAGUGGGCACGACAGCGGCAGCGAGGACACGUGCUACGAGCUCUCCCAGCCCUUCACCCUCCUCACGCUGGGGAUGGGCAAACUCUUCAUCCCCAAGACCUCUUCAUCCUCCACAUUGGGCGCCACGUCUGGCGACCCUGGCAGCCGCGUGCUCCCCAUGCCGCAGCGCCUGGGCGUGUGCCUGGAUUACGACGCAAGCCGGGUGUUCUUCUACGACGCCGACACCAUGCGGUGCCUUUACGAGAGGCAGGUGGAUUGUUCGGGAACGAUGUAUCCGGCUUUCGGGCUCAUGGGCAGCGCCAAGGUUCAACUGGAGGAUUUUGUCACCGCUAAGAGACUGACGUUCUGAGGAGAGGUGGAGGAAGUAGAUGCGUCGGGAGCUGCAUCUUCAGUUCUAGGAAGAGUAGAUUUUAAUGACAGGGUGAUGGAGUAUGAUCCAAAAUCUUUUUUUUUUUUUUUUUUUUGAUCAGAUGAAGCGGAUGUGAUCAGGGUCUUCAGUCCUAAGUGGGCUCUCUGCCAGAGACUGACCUAUUUACAAUGUAUGAAGUAGAAGUAUCCUCAUACAAAGGUCUUCAGACGUUUGUAUGUGAAAGAUCUUCUCUACAUACCAAUGUCUGUUAAUUACAUUUGACCUGCUUUUAAUUGUCCGCUAUGAUUAGCUGUUAAUAUAGUAGAAUCUGCUAUCUGAGCUACUUUAAAUCUUUUUAACAUGAAAUGCCUUUGUGUUUACACGUACUCGUCCUAUUUUGCCAGGAAUACAUGGUCAUGAAUUAAUAUAAGGAUUCAUUUUUGGGUGAAGUUUUAUUUUUUUGGCUCUGUGUGCAAAAGUAGCAGCAUAAGUUUAGAUGUAAUGGUGGUGGACCUAAGAGCCUCGUAGCUACUAUAAAGCUAGUGCCUUUGUGCCUUUUUUUUAUUUUUAAGGAAAUGGGUCUCUUUGCUCUAGCAAGCAGUCGUUGCACAAGCAUUAUAAAAAAACUCUUUGCAUCAAUACUGUAAGUUUUUAUUGUAGGUUGUUUGUCACUGACAAGGGUGUCAAGGUUGUAACCGGUAUUACUAUAGUUCCCCUUUUCCUCCCCACCUGCUCACUGAAAACACGUCCUUUCCUCCUUGUCACAAUUAUGUUCAGCUGUUUUUGCACAAUAUCAUGAAUGAAGCGUGUCACGAUAAUCUUAACAUUCAUCCCGUUUUGAUCACUACCUACUUGCUUCUUCACUUUUAAACAUUUGUAGGCACAUUAAUGUCUCACAUUGACCGUCACACUCUGAAGCGUUUCUCCUUUUACCACCAUCGACGUUGAUCCUGGAGUAGUUACUUGGAUUUUACAGCCUCUCACUGUUUGCACAGCUUUGAAUGUGACUUGCUCGCUCUAAAAUCAGCCAGGUACCUGAACACUGUGUACUUGUCGUCAACGUCUGUUCCACUGCUGCAAAGGUGCUAACGGCCAAAGCGCGUUGAAAGUCGCAGCGCUGACUUGGGUGCAACACACCAAUCGGUGGCCUAGCAGCCUUGAACGGUUUUAAAAACACAACGCUUCAGGUUCUUACAAAAAGUACUAUCACAAACAGUUUGGUACAUAGUCAUUUUUAUUUUUUACUAUGAAAACCAGUUUAGUUGCAGCGCAGACGCAUGAGGUGCAGAAUACUGGUACGUCACAGGGAGAUGGGCUAUCAGACAGAUCACAUAAGUAGUUGAUUGGCUUUGAUUUAAAUCAGCGCAGAUAUUCAUGUCCAAGCAGGCUCACCAGACAGACAGUCUGCUGGGUUUUUCUACAGACGUGUACUGCAUCUUUUCUUUGUACGGUCGUGUGCAUUUAGGUUUCUGCAGGGACUGGAGAAUGGCUGUGUUCUCGGGUUUCCUGCCCUGAUGGGGGCCUUUUGCUACCUACCUCUAUCCAUCGGGCCCGGGAAACCUUACUGCUGUACCUUCUGCUCACACAAACGAGUUUGGUUGGAUUUGCAGUCGGCUCGGCACCUCCGCCUUCUCUUUAAUGUCCGAUUUGUAAAUUGUUUUUUUAUUUUAUUUUUAUUAAUGUUUGCUUAAACUUUCAUGUACAUGUUAAUUCAGAGUAUAUUAUUUUAAGUGAAAUAAAGUACAUCUUAAAAAUUGUGGACUUGAAAGAUGUGUAUCACUAUUGGUGUAAAUUUAUUGGCAGAUAUUCAGCUGCGGGCUUUUCAAAUGGUACUAACCUUUUCUUCCUGCUUUGUUUGUGGUGUUUUGAUAAAUCUGUUCAAAUGUUUUGGUUAUAUCGUGUAGAGGGCAUUGUGUGUUUUUUGGGGUUAAAGCAUUUAAUUGAUUCUGCUUUUACAGCUGGACAAAAACAUUUGUCAGUUUAACGUGUAAAUAGGGUUUCUGUGACUGCAUUUAAAAUACUGUUUCAACAUCAUCAUCUUUAAAACAUGUCUAUGCAUAAAUUGGCUAAAUUCAGUUUAUUUUUAUCUCAAUGUAUUUCUGUUAAUGCUGGAAUGAACAUGUGAAUGUUGGUUUGUUUCACAGCUAGGUUUUAUAGUUAUCAUGAUAAAAUGCUUGUAAUCCUGACUUCUAAUCCCAUCUUAAAUUAAAAUGCGUCCUAGCCUGCUUUUCCUGAAAGAAUAUACAACCAAAUAUGUAGCAGGCUGACACUCAAUCCUAUUCCAAACUUGCACUGUGUAGCAUGUAAGCAGGCGUUUACUGCAGGCGCCUGUGUGCAUAAUAAGUGUGUGUGUGUGUGCAAUAUUAAACUGGCUGCAAAAAGUGUUUGGACAAACGCAAGCCCCUCAAGACAAUUUGUAAUCAAAUUGGUUUACUUUGUGGUCUUAAAUGGGAUUUUCCUCGUCAAAGUUCAAACACUACAUGACUAGUGAACUUCAUUUUUUUCUCAACGCUAAAUUGGUGACUUGGUUUUCUCUAGUGGAUUUGGAUUUGCUGUGCACGUGGAUUUCUGUAUGUAAAGCUGUGGAAAUGUUCUGCUUCCUGGGAAGUGAUACACUUCAUAAAUGUCUGUGGAGGAUUUCAUCCAAAUAAAGCUAGUGCUUUU